CAGCCCAUGGAAGAGGCGGCGGCGGCGGCCAAGCGGAGCAGGUCGGAGCACCACCACGGCGUCGCCGACGGGCCGUCCUUCCGGAUGGAGGACCUUCCGGCGGAGGUUCAGCCGGUUAUAAUCUCACUGCUGCCACUGAAAGAGGCUGUGCGGACGAGUAUUGUUUCAAGAAGUUGGAGAAUGCUCUGGACAUUCCACUGCGAUCUAUGUUUUCAUGGCCCCGAUGAUUCAAAAUUUUACACCGCUGAUCAGCAUAGUGCCCCCAUAAAAAGAGCAAAUUUCAUUGAGGCUGUAAAUUUGGUUAUUCAGCAGCAUAGUGUUGGAAUCAAUAAGUUCAGCAUCACAUGUGGCAUGCACAAAGAGUACGCUGAUGAUCUUGACAGGUGGAUUCAGUUUGCCGCUUCGUCAAUGGAAAAUAUAAUAGAUUUUAAUCUGAAGAAAAAUUAUCUCCCAUUAGAAUUUCACCACUUCCCUCUCGAGGCCUUAGAUUCACAAGGUUGCUCAUUUGUGCAGUCCUUAUUUCUCGCCAGUGUUUCUAUAAAGCCAAACUCAGUAAUAUCUGGCUUUACAAUACUCAGAAGGCUUGUUCUGGAAUUUGUUAAGAUAUUAGGAGAUUUUCCAGGCUUGCUAGCAAAAUGUUCAGGACUUGAGGACUUAGAGAUCAUCGGGUGCUAUGGUGUGGACAACUUAAUCGUACCACACAAACUCGAUAAACUUCAACAUUUGCUGAUUGCCGGAAUGGACAUCCAGAUGGUUGAGUUUCAUGCUACUGAUCUUUCUCAUUUUGAGUACAAAGGGCGAGUGAUCCCUAUAGUCCUUCAUGGUUGCUCGAAACUAGAGAAGGCAACAAUGAAGUUUAAUGGCACUAAAGCACUGGCACAUGCAUUCACUGCAGUUCCAAGCAUUUUGCCAGUGAAGACAUUACAUCUGCAAGCUUUCAUAUCAAAAUAUGCACAGUUGCAGAAGCUGCCAACAAGACAACAGGGAAUGUUUUUGCAUUUGAGGCAUAUGACUUGUCAAUUAAUUGUCAACUCUAACGACCCAAAUGGUGAUAACGGAGUUCUUCAACUGGCCAAUUGUUUGGAUGUUGCACUUGCAUAUGCUCUGUGCGAUAUCCAGUAGUUUCUCCAGCGGUGAGGUGGCGGGUAUGCGCCGCCAUGAUCAUCCCAAGACGGCCUUCAUGAGCGGUUUUCGAUGUUAUAAGGCUCAGAUUGAGCUGGCAUGCUGUAUCUUGAGAAAUGCUUCUGUUCUUGAGCAGCUGAUAAUAGAACCAAGGAUUACAGACAAAGUAUGGGCGGGUGAUUGUUCCGAGUGGAAUACUGACCUUGGCGAAAUCUUACCAGGGGUCUGUGAGUGGGCACAGGACACCUCGGAGCGCUUUGGUAAGGUGAUCACCGUCUUAGGUGCCUCUUAUAACACAACGGAGGCUUCUUUGGCCCAGCAAGACGCAGGAUCUCUUCUGCACCAUCAUUAGCGAGUGUCGUCAUUGCCUGCAGAUUUUAGUAGAUCGGAGUGGGAUGCUAUUUCCCCUGGUGUUUGUUACCUUUUGCUGUAAUGAUGAAAAGCUGGGAAGAAGUAAAUCUUUAUUUUCGACAAAGGAUGGAUUUUAUAUUACUCAAAAGGGAAGAAGUAAGGCUGCGUUCGGCGCACGGGAAUCUCACAGGAAUUCUGCAGGCCCAGUUUUCACAGGAAUAUUUUAACGUAAGCCUGUUCGCUUCGCAGGACUCAGCUCUGCCCAUUCCAUGGGAAAGCGCCGUUGACCUGUACUUUUUACGGGAAAAAUAACAUCUGCUCAGACCAAAGGAAACGCGCUGUUGGAGACCUAUGGUUUGCACUGUUCACCCAUAUUCACUUCCUGUACUUUUUUUCAUUCCUUCGUUUCGCUGUCCUCUGGUCCGAACGCGGCCUAAAGCUGUCUCUAGGUUUUGCCUAUCCGGGUGAAAAAUGAAAUACCUCUUCAAAGUGUAUGCUAAGCUAUCAAAUCUUCAAGCCAUAAAAAAAAUGUGCAUAAAUUUUGCGACCUGCCA